GAGUCAUCAAAUUACCAGCGUACGUCAAGUUUGACACGGCGGCUGUACGGGGAAAUCGGUCAAUGUAAUAUGAGGAAAGUAACGCAAAUUGAAAUAAAAUUAAAAUUGUAAUAAUUAAAGUAAAAUAAAUUAUUCUAUAGUCUAAGUAAAUAUGCGGUUAAUUUACCAGGCCCAUAUAUAAACACGUAUUAAAAAUUAUUAAACUAAUCGCAUUGUCUCGAAAUUUGUUAAAAAUAGAUAUUAAAUCUCUACUCUGAAUAUUUGUAAAUUAUACCAAAACUCGAAUUUAUUUAGUAUCUGAAACAUAGUCGACGCUUUCACCUCACAGAGAAGAAAAACUACGCUUUGCGGUACCAGGACGUGGUGGCGGAGUGAGCCCUCACCACUUUCUCUGCUAUCAGUAACACACGGCUGGGACUUCACUCGUAUACAAUCUGACAAUGAGCAACCCCGAGGAGCCCAAAGUGACGACAACCCCACACAUAGUGAAAGAAGAGCCUUUGGCGACGGGCAAAUGGGUGAAGCUGGAGAAGACGACGUACGUGGACCCUGCUGGAAACACCAGAACCUGGGAGACGGCGAAAAGAACGACCAGAAGGACCAACACUGAAGUGGACGGCGUGGGAAUCAUCGCUCUGCUGAAACGGACGCUGCAUAAAGACUGCGUGGUGAUGGUGAAGCAGUUCCGUCCUCCUAUGGGGUGCUGCACUCUGGAGUUCCCAGCAGGAUUGAUCGAUGAGGGAGAAACUGCAGAGGUAGCUGCACUCAGGGAGCUAAAGGAAGAAACCGGCUACAAAGGGGAAGUAGUAGGAGUCACUCCAGUGACCUGUCUGGACCCCGGUCUGUCCAACUGCACCACCCAGAUCGUCCUGGUCAACAUCAAUGGAGACGAAAUGGAGAAUGUCAACCCAACGCAGCAGCUAGGCGAUGGAGAAUUCGUUGAAGUUAUUCUUUUACCACUUGACGAAUUCCAGACGAAGAUAGACGACCUGCUGCAGAAAGAGAAAAUUAUGGUGGACGCCAAAGUUUACAUCUUCGCCAUGGGGAUGGUCCAGGCCUUCUUUAAGCCCAGGGAGCUCCCUGUCCUGAAGCAGUGAAGCAAACUGCUCAGGAUGAGAGCGGGAGGAAGAAAUAGUCUGCUCUGUUGCGUGGGGCUCCUACGCAGUGGUAGAAAAUUCCAAAAAAAGCAUUGGAAAGGAAAUUGAAGAUAGUCAAAUUGUAACCAGGAAUUCUAUUUAAAAUCUUGUGGUUUUAGACGUAAUUUAAAAUCAUAUCUUAACAUUUGUUUCCCUGCAGUUUGACAGUAAGAAGACACCUUACAACUGUGUGUUUCAGUCAUGCUGCAACACAAAAGCCUCGGAUUAAAAAAAAAAAACAAAAAAAAAAACAAACUUAAACAACCCAGUAUGAAGGAGUCUAUCCACACUACAUUGUACUGGACCAUUUUUGUCUCUCCCGUGCCUGGCCUGAAACGUAUUCUGGUGACCAAUAGUUAGUUCUUUGCACACUUAACUCAGAAUACCUUUCGGGCUUUAGUCUUGUGUUCUUAAGAGGACAAAUAUUAAUAAGUUUUUUUUAUGAAAUAAGAUGCUGAUUGCUUUGUUGUCAUUUUUUUAGUGACUGGAUAACAUUCCUGUACAUGUUCUUACAUGCUUUAGGGAAAAAUUCACGUCGUCCUACUCGCAAUCUGAUAUAUGCGGCCUCUUUAAAGGCCUACUGUAAACCCAGUAGUUGGAUCCAGUGGAAGCUUCUCUCUGCCAAUUUGAUGAAGAAAUAAAUAUUGUUAAUCAUUUAUUCUGUGAAGUUUCUCUAAAUAAAGAGAUUCCAACGGGGAAACCACAUGCACCAAUACAUAUCAUUUUGAGAUGCUAACCCGUUAUUUGAGAUAGUAACUCAUAAUUUUGAGAUGAUAGCUGGUUAUUUUAAGAUGCUAGCUUAUAAUCUUGAGAUGCUAACUCAUUAUUUUGAGAUACUGACUCAUAAUUUUGAGAUGCUAACUCAUUAUUUUGAAAUGCUAGCUGGCUACUUUAAGAUGCUAGCUUAUAAUUUUGAGAUGCUAACUCAUUAUUUUGAGAUGCUAACUGGUUAUUUUAAGAUGCUAACUUAUAAUUUUGAGAUGCUAACUCAUUGUUUUAAGAUACUAGCUCAUAAUUUUGAGAUGCUAACUCGUUUUUUGAGACAGUAACUCAUCAUUUUGAGAUGCUAGCUUAUAAUUUUGAGAUGCUAACUCAUGAAGAAGAUUUCUCACUAUAUUGUUAUAAUGACUAGACAUCUUUAUUUUUUCGUCACACUGGCACCAUUGGCUUCCAUAGAUUCACUUACGCUUACUAAGAUUGGAGGAAGUAGACGAGCCAUUUGUCACUAAAAUGGCUUGUCGUAGCAAUCGUGACAUAUUUGAAUAGUGUGAUAACAAUAUUAACAGUUUGCAAAGAAUUUGUCUCUUAAUGAAAUGUAAUGCACAAUAACGGUACUGUGUUGACUAAAAGCAGUGAUUGCUGUUCCUCCAGCCUUAUUAUGGGGCAGCUAACUGGACAUUGAUGCUGUAUUUACCCUGGCAAGUCAAAAUUACUGACCAAUUAAUAAAUGUGAAACUACCUUUGCUCGAAA